AUGGAUUCCAUCAAGCCCGUGCCUAAUCACUCGGUGGAGAAGGUCGGCGAGAAGCGUGUAUAUGAGGUCCAGGAAGGCGAGGCUUCCUCCGUGAUCGAAAAUGUUGACUCCCUCAAGCGGCGAUUGACGAAUCGUCAGAUGCAGCUCAUAGCAAUCGGCGGCUCAAUCGGCACGGCGCUCUUCGUCAGCAUUGGAUAUGGGCUCAUUGAAGGCGGUCCCGGCAGUCUGUUUAUCGCAUUCACUCUGUAUUCCUGCAUUCUCGGUCUCGUCAACAGCUGUAUGGCGGAGAUGGCAGUGUUCAUGCCAGUCAGCGGUUCUUUCAUUCGAAUGGGAUCCAAGUGGGUUGACGAGGCAUUCGGAUUCAUGGUGGGCUGGAACUUUUUCCUUUACGAAGCUGUCUUGAUCCCUUGGGAGAUCUCAGCUCUCAACCUCGUUCUGACCUAUUGGUCCGACAACGUUCCCAAGGUCGCCAUAUGCAUUGGCUGCAUCGUUCUCUACGGAUUAAUCAAUCUCUUCGCUGUCAGAUGGUACGGAGAAUCCGAGUUCUGGCUUUCUGGCGGCAAGGUUGUUCUAGUCGCGAUUGUCUUUGCCUUUACCUUUGUCACAAUGGUCGGAGGUAAUCCCAAGCACGAUGCAUACGGAUUUCGUUACUGGAGUAAUCCUGGAGCCUUUGCGCCCUACGUCACGACUGGCGCCCUUGGUCGGUUCGAGGGAUUCCUGGGCGCGCUUUUUAUGGCCGCGUUCACCAUUGUUGGGCCGGAGUAUGUGGCCAUGGUCAGCGGUGAGGCAAUGUACCCACGAAAGCACCUGAAAGAGGCCUUCAAGACCGUCUACUGGCGGUUCGGCGUCUUCUUCAUCGUCGGAGCUCUUUGCGUCGGCAUUGUGGUCCCAUACAAUGACCCGACACUGAACGCCGUGCUGAACGGAGGUUCCACUGGCACGGCUGGCGCAUCCCCGUACGUUAUUGCCAUGCAGAACAUGGGAGUCAGUGUGCUCCCGGACUUGACAAAUGCUCUCCUUGUUACGAGCAUCUUUUCUGCUGGGAACACCUAUGUCUACUGCGCUUCCAGGACGCUCUACGGUCUCUCCCUGGACGGCCAUGCUCCGAGGUUCUUGCAAAGAUGCACCAAAGCCGGAGUGCCUAUUUACUGCUUUUGCGUUACCAUGAUAUUUCCACUCUUGUCCUUGCUCACGCUGGGAACUAGUAGUACCCAAGUUAUCACCUGGUUGACAAAUCUUACGGAGGCGUCUCAAAUCAUCGACUUCAUCGUGAUGUGCAUCAUCUACAUCUUCUUCUACCGCGCUAUGAAGGCCCAAGGCUACGACCGAAACGCCCUGCCCUACAAGGGCUGGGGCCAGCCGUACGUGGCAUGGAUCGCCAUGAUCUUCUUGAUCUGCAUCAUCGGCAUCUAUGGCUACACCACGUUCCUGCCCGGAUGGUGGGACGUCGGGACUUUCUUCUCUUAUUACACCAUGUGUUUUGUCUGUCCGUUGCUCUACGUGGGCUGGAAAGUCUUUAAGAAAACGAAGCUGGUCAAGCCGGAAGAGGCGGACCUGGUGUGGGAGCGUCCUGUCAUCGACGCCUAUGAAGCCAGCUUCGUUGAGGUCCCUCUUGGUUUCUGGCAAGAACUUAGACUGCACCUUCCGAAACUGGGCAGGAAGGCUGCAUAG